GUAUAUAUAUGUUGUAUAACUAUGUACAGGUUAGUUUUUGUUCACAAUUGUUAAUGAACCCUAGCCUUCUUACGGGUUCUUCUUCUCUGUCAGUGCUCUUUCUCUUCUUCCUCCUAAUGCUAUGCUGCUAGAUUGUCUAUGUUAACAUGGUAUCAGAGCUGUGGUUGAUCUUGCAAUUUGGUUUUGAUUUCUUUUUUGAUUUGGUUUCCUCCCUUCGUUUUCAUCUCCGACACACCACCUCUGUUUCCGGCGGAACUUUCCGGCGCAAUUCUUCUCUCUGGUUCAGGUGUUAUUCCGUUGGUGGAUUUGUUCUGUUCGUGACUGACAGGAAAAGAUAUGUGGGGUUAUAUUGAUGAAACUGUUGUUAAACCCACUGACAAAAAGGAUGCUGAUAAAUAUGCUCAAGCUUUGAAAACAUGGAUGAAAAGUAAUUCAAAAAUUAUUACUUGGAUUAAUAACUCUGUUGAUCAGUCCAUAGGUGUGCAACUAGCAAAAUAUGACACUGCUAAAGAGAUUUGGGAUCAUCUGAAACGAUUAUACGUUCAAUCAAACUUUGCAAAACGAUAUCAACUCGAAAGUGAUAUUAGGGCCCUCAAGCAGAACAAUAUGACCAUUCAAGAAUUCUAUUCGGCCAUGACAAAUUUGUGGGAUCAGUUGGCUCUUAUGGAAUCUAAUCAGUUGAAAGCAGUGAAAGCUUACAUUGAUCAAAGGGAAGAACAACGUCUAGUAUGGUUUCUGAUGGCUCUUCGUGAUGAUUUUGAGGGGCUUCGUGGGGGUAUUCUGCAUCGUACACCUCUUCCUAAUGUUGAAUCAGUAGUUAGUGAAUUGUUGGCAGAAGAAAUUCGACUCAAGACUCAUUCCACUAUGUCAGAUAAGGGUAUUCUCUCCACUCCUUCAUCUGUUUUUGCUGCUGCUCCUGUUCAAAGAGGAAAACCUCAAGGGAGGGUUGGGAUCGGUAAUGAUGAAUGUGCUUUUUGCAAAGAAAAAGGUCAUUGGAAAGCACAAUGUCCGAAAUUAGGGAGAGCAAAUAGAAAGAAUUUCAGGGGUCCGUCAUCAAAUGUUGUUGCUGUUGCUCCUUCUGCUUCUUCUACUGUUGGAUCUAGUUCUGGUUAUGCAUACUCAUCUGAUACAGCUUCUCAACUAUCUGAUAUUACAGAGCAACUUCAGAAGUUUCUUUCCACUCAGUCACAUGCCAUGUCUGCCUCUUCUCCUAAAGGUUUGAACUCUUCAAGUGUGUCAGGAUCCACAUUCCGGGAGGCUGAUUGGGAUAGGCCAUAGACAAGGGGGACUUUAUGUUUUGGAUCACUUGAGAGCUUUUGACACUGCAGCCGCAACAUCCACUACUGAGUUAUUAUCUAGUUUUCGUUUAAAUUCUUCUUCUUCUAGUUUUUAUUUGUGGCAUUCUCGUCUUGGACAUGUUUCUGCUUCUAGAUUAAAGUAUUUGGCUUCUACUGGAGCUUUAGGAAAGUUACAAACCAGUGAUAUUUCAGAUUGUUGUGGUUGUAAACUUGCAAAAUUUUCAGCUUUACCAUUUACUAAAAGUGUCUCUGUUUCGUACUCACCUUUUGAUUUAGUUCAUUCAGAUGUUUGGGGUCCAUCACCAGUUUUUACUAAAGGUGGAUCUAGAUAUUAUGUCUCGUUCAUUGAUGAUUAUACUCGUUA